UUUUUUAAAAAAAGAAAAAACAUAACUAUUAGACUUCGAACUCGUCUAUUCCAGUGCGGGCUGCAGCUGCGCGACCUGCGCCUGUACGCACAGCACUUUCGGCGCGCGCACCCCGACAAGAACCGCACCAAGUACCCCGCCAUGAAGACGCCGUGCAUGUGCGAGCAGUGCGGACGGAUAUUCCAGAGCAUGGCCCUGCUGAAGGACCACAUGUGGGUGCACACCGGCGAGAAGCGCUUCAAAUGCGACCGCUGCGAGAAGAGCUUCACUCAGAAGACCAACCUGGUGUUCCACAUGCGCGUGCACAGCGCCACGCGCCCGACCUACGAGUGCCCGCUCUGUGGCAAGCACUUCGCCUUCUUCAACAACAGGCGGCGACACAUGUUUAUCCACACGGGGCUGAAGCCGUUCAAGUGCGACACGUGCGGCAAAUGCUUCACGACGUCGGGCGAGCAGCGCGCUCACGUGGAGCACGUGCACCUCAAGAAGCCGUGGCCCAAGCGCGCGCGCGCCCGGCACUGCGACGACGCGUGGCAGAAGUGCGGCCUGCGACACGUUGAAGACUAACUAAUACAUAGAUAGAGGCGUGGCAGAAGUGCGGCCUGCAACAUGUUGAAGACUCGCUAUGGAGAAGCUGUGGUAGCUCAAAAGGACAUGAACUCCGAGCCGUUAGUCUAGUUUAUCAAAAAAAAACAAAGUUGUGACCUAAGCGUGGCUUAAGUGCGGCUUGCUCGUAAACUAGCUAUUGAUAUGUAUGUCGUAGGGUAAUCUCAUCAUCUCAAAUCUGAAAACAAAUUUCUAUAGCGCGAUGCACGACAACGUAUAGCGCCAUCUAGUUGUUGUUACUAAGCAAUGUUCAGUCAGAACAACGCCAUCUAGUUUCACGUAUUGGUACUGGAUCGUUUGUUCCGUGCAACGCCAUCUAGUUGCUUGUUUGCGCUUCACGCCGUCUAACACAUCGACCACAAAAUAAGUUAAGCAUUUGUUCAAAAUGUAUCACUCCGAAACUACUGGAUGUAUUCAAAUGAAACUUGGCACAAUUUGUACAAAUAGAAGGUUAUAGAAAAAAAAAGUGUGCGUCAGCUCCGACGCACGAAUGAAGUUUACUCUUUCACAUCGACUGACUAAAUAGUGUAUGUUGUCCCGCAGCAUACACUAUGUACGUCUCAAUACACACGCCUGAAAUGUGAAAAGUGCGCAACCGAGGAGCAGCAGGCCGCGGCGUGCGUGUUUUAGGCGGCAGCGCACGGUGAAAGGUGCGCAGAAUAGGUUGCGCACAAAAACGUAACGUUGUCAUUCGUUCAUCAAAUUUUACUGGCCAUAUUUUUUUCGUACCGGGUUCUAUAUAUGAAAAAACGAUUCUUAAUGAGUAAACUCCAAAGACGAAAAUAGGAAUUACUUUAUAUACGACUAGUUAAGAAUAGCCGAUAAUAACCAAUAAUAAUCGGCGCGUAAAAACCUACUUUCUGGGCUGCGAAGUUAUUGUUUAUAACAAGUAACUACGUAAAUUUAUAAGAGAUUUGUCUACACUUAAUUAGAUAUAAUAUAGAUUUAAGAUGAAUUUUUAAUAUAAGUAUUUGAAGUGUGUUAGUAUUUUUUUUUGAUUUGCAUUCGAAAGUGUGUGUCCUGUGUUUUUAAUGAUAUAAUAAUAAUUUAGAACUGAUUUUAAUAAAUCUAUAGAUGCAUUUUAUUUUUUAUUCAUAUUGAAAAAUUUAAUCACAAUUUAAAGAAGUGUAAUUGAUUUUAUAUUGUGUAAUAUUUUUUUAAUCAUGUCUAAUAAUAAUAAUUGAUCUCAUUUUAUUUUUUUAAAUAUUAUGUAUGUAAUGUGAAUGAAGUUUUUAUAAAUCCAAUGUGUGUUGCGUAGACAGGGAAGUUAAUAGACAGAUAAGCGUCUAUCACAUUAUGUAGAAAGAGACCACAGAAUAGAGAAUGAUACAGAAUGAGGCUUUACAAGCCGCGCAGUUAAACCGGUGAAACCCGUAAAAUAAACAAAUGUCACGCGUCUCCUUGACAUCCCUAUAAUGUUGCCAUAUACAAACUUUUUUUCUAUAAUUUGUAUUUCAAGAUAACACUAACAACAAUUACGUAAAUAAAUAUCAUAAACUAAUAAUUAUUAGUUUUAGACUCGAGAAUAUAUUAGUUUUUGAAUCUGUAUUUGGAAUGGCUGCAUCGCUGCAGUGUUCCAUGCACAUUAUCUGCCUUUUCUUUAAUCUGUGACUUAUGUAUGGACUUCUGAGGUUUGCUCAUAGUCAAACAAGAAUAAAUGAAUGAUAUAUGGACUUAUUUUAAUGAAAAUAAACAACUUUUCUUUUAUUGAAUUUUAUUAACAUCAAAUCACAAACUUUUAGGUUUUAUUUAUUUGUAUAGGAAUAGAUUUAAAUUAUGGUGUGAAUUAAUAAAAUGUGUAAACUG